GGAGCAGGGCCGGCGGCCCCGGGUGUGCAGACCCAGCGCCGGGCAACGCCCCCGGCUGAAGCGGUGACUCGCACCCGGGCCUUCCCUCCCACCUCCUCCCUGUCCGGCUCCGUCAGUUCUCCGCGAGCCCCGGACUCCGCUGCCCGGGAAGUGAAGUGAUGAAGCACCUUUGAUUUGGAGACAGAAGCCGGAAACUCCUCUGUACCUUGCUGAGUGCCGGACCCCAGCGGCGCGGCCCCGUCCUCAGCAGACGGAGAUGAGAAAAAUACCGAAUAAUGGGAACCUGAGGGUGCCGAGGGUGGCGUACCCGCUGGGGCUGCUCGCGUGCCUGUUCAUCUACAUCGCCUACAUCAAGUGGCACUGGGCCUCGGCCACCCAGGCCUUCCUCAGCAUCACCGAGGCAGCGGCGGGGGCACGGCGGGGCCAGCAGGCCCACAGCCCCCCGGGGGCAGCCGCGCGCGCGCACGAGGUCUUCUACGGCAUCAUGUUCGACGCGGGCAGCACCGGCACCCGUGUGCACAUCUUCCAGUUCACGCGGCCGCACGGAGAAACUCCCACCUUGACCCGUGAAACCUUCAGAGCACUGACGCCAGGGCUUUCUGCUUACGCUGAUGACGUUGAAAAGAGCGCCCCGGGGAUCCAGGAGCUGCUGGGCGUGGCCAAGCGGGACAUCCCCUCCGGCCUCUGGCAGGCCACACCCCUGGUCCUCAGGGCCACAGCUGGGCUGCGUCUGCUGCCAGGAGAAAAGGCUCAGAAGCUGCUGCAGAAGGUUAAAGAAGUGUUCGAGGCAUCGCCGUUCCUCGUGGGCACCGACUGUGUUUCCAUCAUGAACGGCACGGACGAAGGCGUUUCGGCCUGGAUCACAGUCAACUUCCUCACAGGCGGUCUCAGAGCCCCCGGGAGGGGCAGCGUGGGCACGCUGGACCUGGGCGGAGGGUCCACUCAGAUCACCUUCCUCCCGAGAGUCGAGGGCACCCUCCAGACCUCCCCGCCCGGCUACCUGACGUCCCUGCAAAUGUUCAACAGGACCUACAAGCUCUAUUCCUACAGCUACCUGGGCCUCGGCCUGAUGUCGGCGCGGCUGGCGGUCCUGGGCGGCAAGGAGGGGAAGCCUGCUGAGGAUGGAGAGGAGUUGGUCAGCCCUUGUCUGUCUCCGGGUUUCAGAGGAGAGUGGUCACACGCCGAGAUAACCUACAGGGUCUCAGGACAGAAGGCAGCGGGGAACCUCUAUCAGCUGUGUGCCGCCCGAGUGUCCGAAAUCCUUCGAGACAAAGUGCACAGGACGGAGGAAGCGAAGGACGUGGACUUCUAUGCCUUUUCCUACUAUUACGAUCUCGCAGCAAACGUCGGCCUCAUAGACGCAGAGAAGGGGGGCAGCCUGGUCGUCGCAGAUUUUGAGAUUGCAGCCAAGUACGUGUGCCGGACGGCGGAGGCCCAGCCUCCCCACAACCCCUUCCUGUGCCUGGACCUCACCUACGUCAGCCUCCUGCUGCGGGAGUUCGGCUUCCCGAGGGACAAGGAGCUGAAGUUGACCCAGAAGAUUGAUAACGUUGAGACCAGCUGGGCCCUGGGGGCCACCUUCCAUUACAUCGACUCCCUGAGCAGAUGGAAGAGCCCAACUUCAUAGGGCCGAGCCGCCGGCCGUCCCCUCAGAAGCACUGAUGCUGCGAGAACCGACCCCGGAUCCCUGAUGAGCGGGGAAGAGGCCACGUGCAGGCUGCCACCCUCCUCCCCGCGGCCUCACAGGAGGCUCCUGGAUGGCAGGGGGCUGGAGUGCGGCCCAGGCCUUGGCUCCAGGUGGGCAGUGACCAGCUGGGGCCAGGAUGGUGCAGCCCGCCAUCCCUGUCGUCCCUAGAGCAGGGCUGGGGCGACCGUGACGUGUCCUGGACAGAUGUCUGGUUUCAUCCUGCUGCUCCCAUUGGGCCCUGGGCCAGCACGUCUCCUCCGAGGGUGCGGACAUGUGGCGUCACCCAGCAGUCACUUCCUCAAGUCCUUGGUGGCUCGGGGUGAGCGGACAGAGUGGCACUGAGACUGGGAAGAGGGGCCGGAGGAGGUGCCUGUUGGUGGCCCGUGUGCCCUGGCCUCUUGAGGCUGUCGAGACCUGUGAACUGCUGGCAGGUGUCCGAGGCUGUGCUGCGUGAAUGAUGUUGUCGUGUGGUGUGUGCUGGCGGAGAGCCGUGUUCUGAGCCCAGCGUGUGUCACUGCCCUGUGCGUGUGCAGCCCCGGAACCGCCCUCAGGUGGUCUUGGUCUGCAGCCGCUCCUGCCUCGGACGCACCAUACGUGGAGUAAACUGAGCCUCGUGUUCCGUCCACAAUAAAGGGUUUUCCAGGG